AUGCCUAUCCCAACACCCCAACAGCCGCUCCGUAUCGCCAUCUCUGGUGGCGGGCCAGCAGGUCUCGCAGCUGCUAUCGCUCUCCGUGAACUCCCUGGUGUCGAGGUCACCAUCUACGAGCAAGCUACAGUCCUUCGAGAGAUUGGGGGUGGCAUUCGAAUCGGAUACAAUUCCUGGAAAGUUCUUGAGCUUCUGGGGGUGGCCGAUAAGGUCACGGGGCAUAUCAAAGUGGACCAUCGACACAUGAACGGUGUCACUGGAGAAAUGGUCUACAAGUACCCACCCCACGAUGGCGAGUUCAAGUAUCACGAUAUCCGCGCUCGUCGAACCGUCCUACAAGCAGCUCUCCGAUCGAAAGUCCCCGACGAAGUGAUCAAGCUGCAGAAGAAGGUGCAGAAAGUAGAGCAGCUCCCCACAGGCGGCGUCAAGCUUACUUUCAAGGACGGCACCGAGGCGGCUGCUGAUCUUGUCAUCGGUGCUGAUGGUCUGCGAUCUGCCGUUCGAACGCAAACUUGGGGACAACACAAGACGUUCUGGAACGGCACCACCAUCUUCCGAUGCCUCAUCCCUCUCCCCUUUGUCGACCACCUCUCCAUCUCCAAAUACACAGCCUUCCACCAUGGUCCCGCCCGAAUGUUCAAAGUCUCCGUCGUCUCUACCAAGGAGGAGAUUGAAGCAGGCAAAGGGCAGUGGGAGUUGACGUUGAGGGUAUUCGAAGAUCCGAAAGAGGUGACGGCGCCAAAGUUUAGCUGGGGGAUUCCUUGUACCAAUGAGAGGGUUGCUGGCUAUUUCACUAAAUUCACACCAGAGAUCCGAGAGGCUAUCGACCUCGUACCCGAAGGAUCCUGGAAAGAGUUUUCAGCGUUCUCCGGUCCUCGUCUCGAGCACGUCGUAGCGAACGGGAAUACACUCCUCAUAGGAGAUGCUUCUCACCCUCUUCUCGGGGCAUUCGGAAGCGGCGCAGGCUUCGCCAUGGAAGACGGCUACCUCAUUGCCCAGAUCUUGCAUCACUACCUUCCCUCCCCCUCUUCCUCUUCCUCUUCCACCGAAGAACGAACCCAAGCUCUCUCAAAAUCCCUUGCCCUCUUUGACAAGAUCAGAUCCCCAUACUACGCCAAAAUGUACCAAGUCCUCGACCAGCCGAAGAAUAUAGAGAACGGUAAAGAUUUCGGCUCGUUCUCGCCGACGCCUGGGAACCCGUUGGGGUGGAUUUAUGGGCAUGAUAUCGGUAGAGAGUGGGAGGAGAUCAAGGCUACUUUGUAG